AUGAAUCGAAUCAGCUCUCCUAAUUAGACUUGUUAACUCAGUUUAAAAGAACAAUCUAAAGUUUAAUGUCCAUUUAAGCCUAAAAUACCAUAUGAUUACUAAAAUACAUUUUUCUAAGCUUUCGGUUAAGCCAGCUAUCUGAGAAAGUAGCCUUAAGAUCGUUUGAAAAAUAACACGUUCAAGAUAGAUGAUAAUGAUAAAUAGUGUUGUGAAAAAUUUGAAUAAAUAUCGCAAUAUUAUGAAUCUACUUUACAAUCUCAAAUUGUUACUAUGAUCUAAUUAAAUGAGCUAAUCGAUUAGCAUACAAAUCUUCUGGAAACAUAUCUGAAAAAGCAAAAAGUUCAUAUUGAUUACUAAAAAUUGCCAUUUGUAUUUUCAGAAUAAAAAGAUCCCGCUUAAUAAUGGAAAUAGAAAUGGGAGCAAGAGAACAAGCUGAAUUGUCAAAGAGAUUAUAAAAUAAAGUUUUAAUAUAAAAUAAUAUAAAAAUAGCGAGCUGAAAUAAAAGAUAGAAGGCCUUUAAGAAAUGCUGGUGCAGACAGAUACUUAUACAAUUACUUUGGAGUUGGAAUCCUGGAAAAACAAAUAUGAAAAUUUAGUGGGCCUUCACAAGGAAACAGCAGAUAAACUAAAAGGAUUAGAGGAGGAGUUGAAAUAAAUGAAUUAGACGACGCCAGUUGAUGAAAGUCUUUCUACAGUAGAUAUUUGAGUUAUAUUGUAUUUAGAAGAAGACUACAGUAACUACGAAUAGAAGAAGGUUAACCAAAAAAGUGGAGAAUUGA